ACUAGACCCUGGAUGACUCAGCCUCUGAAUCACAACAAAACAUCUCUGGAACUUAUGCCGCUGAAAUGUCUCAAUUCUCGAACUCUUCACUAGUAAUACAGAAAAAAAAAAUGUUGUUAUUUUCGGGUUAUUCCUUGCCUUUAUAACUAGCUGCCCCUCAAGUGUGAUCGGUAAAUACCCAAUGGGGUCAGUUGUCCUUGCUAGACCCCAGGUUGCUCAGCCCCUGAAUCAUGACAAAACAUCUCUGGAACUUAUGCCACUGAAAAAUGUCUCAAUUCUCGAAAUCUUAACUUGUUUUCCAGAAAAAAAAUAUUUGUUGUUGAUGACAUAGAAUAUCGAAGAAUUUUGAAAAGAGAGCUGAGAUUGAAACAAAUGUAUAACUAGUAUUCUUAGAAUGCCGUGGAAAUUCUUGAUUGGCAUUCUUUGACCAUUAUUGCCAAAAUGAGAAAAGCUAACGCUUUCUACUUAUUAGGUAGGAUAUAUGGUAAAUUCGAAUUUUUUGGUUGUUACUAGAUAAAUCGAUUCACACGCUAUUGUACUUUUGUGUAUUGUACCUGCAAGAUAUGAUAUCUCGCACAUAAGGACAUUGAUUUUUGAUGUUAUGGUUUUUGUUAAGUCACUUUAGUAUCAAGAACUCAUAAUCAGAUCAGGCUUUUAAGUUUCAAUGAUCGAUAGAUUUGGAGUAAUGUUAAAUUUAAUGGACACAAUAAGGUUUAGAAGAAAUGAAUUGAUCAAGUUUUUAAUUUUGCUAUUGCUCUGGGCAUUCUUUAUUCAGAUUCUGCUCUUGGUUUUGUUGCAAUUUUCAUUUAAUAUGCACACUAACUUGUACUUUCGAAUCCUAAUUAGUUAUUUUUGUCCAAUAUCUAAGAGACAAAAACCUCUAUGAGGUAAGAUGCAUACCUUGAGGCAUCAUGAGUCAUAAACCUCAAACCAAUAAUUAAUUCAACAUAAUAUGUAAGUAAAAAAAUAAGUUGAUUACAAAUCUUAAACCGUCUUAAAUAUUCGUAAUAAGGCAAAUUAAGAGUAAUAAGUUUAACUUAAAUCAAACAUAGAACUAGGUAUUGUCCUCCUUCUGUAAUGGUGCCUUCUCCUGCCAUUAUGUGUAAAUGUAGGAGGGGGGGAAAAAAAAAACCUUGCAAGAUGUUGGCAUUGGAGCUUAUGUCAUAAGCUUUGAGGGAUUCAAUGAAAACCAUACGUGAGGCUCAAGAUGCAAGCCUCUAACAAGUUUUGAAAUAAUUGAUUUAUCCAAAUUAUGUCAUGAUACAAUGAAAAAUUCCUAUAUUUAGACUUUAUUAAAAUUCAGAGCCCAAUUGAAUAUAAGGUUUUAGAUGAGGUGAUUUAACAUUUCGAAUCUUAUCAUUAUAAGUAUUUAAAGCUCAACUUAAGAAGGGAAUGAUAGGUCAUGCUCUAUUACUUAAAUUCUAUUCCCAUCGUUCCUAAUAGCUUUGCCAUCUGGCAUGAUCAUGAUGUAUGUUGUUAGUAAACUAUAUAGUUUUAGAAGUCUUCCAAACCACAUUUCUGGAAUUUAUGUUACUGCUAAAUCGACCCAUGAUCUCCAUUCAUGAGACCUUCACCCAUAUUCAAGAACAAAAUUGUAGUUGGUGACUUGGGUGUAUAUUGAUGAAUGUAGAAAAUCUGAGUUGGGAGUUGAGGCUUGAAAUAAUUGUUUAGAAAUAAUUGUUAAAGGUAGAAAUUCUUCAUUGUUCUUAUUCAAUCAUUACGUGAACAAAACUAAUGUUUUUUCUUAUUCAACUGGGUUCUAUGGUCAAUUUUUGUGCUUUGGAACAAUGAUACAUAAAAGACACUCACACCCAUAAUUGUAAAUGUUUAGAGUUUAUAAUUGAACGUAUCAUGCAACAUUGUGAUAUUAUGUAUAUAUGGAUAUGGAUAUUGAUUUAAGAUGUUAUAUAUGAAUAUUUUUAUUUUUAUUUUAUUUAUUAUUAUUAUUUUUAUUUGGAGGAACUGUUAUCAGCUAGAUUUUUCCUGGUCGCCUUAAGUUUUGAUGAUGGAUAGAUUCAGAGAAAUGUUAAUUUUAAUGCCACUUCAAGGUCCAGGAAAAAUGAAUCGAACGAAGUUUCUAAUUAUGCUAAUGCUGUUGGCCUGGACAUUUUUACUUUACAUGCUGCUCUUGGUUUUAUUGUAAUUUUGAUUUAAUAGAUGCAUGCUAAGCUGUGUGGUUAUUAUUUGUUAGAUUUGUCCAAUUGUCAUGGCAUAAUGGAAAAUGCCUAUGUAGGACUAGUUUUCUAUUUUUAGUGUUUUCUGAAUUGGGUUAUAUGCAUUUGUUUAUGUCGCUCAGGUAUUGGAGUUCCUGGAAAUUUAGGUUUUGGAAUGUAAGAAGUGCGAUGCCUUGGAAUCUAAAAAAAACUUCCAGUAGUGUUGACAUUUUUUUUUGGUGAAAAAUUCUAAAGUGGCGAAGAGAGGGGCAGACCAUAGAUGGAAUGUAAUAGAGAUGAGGCUGUGAGAGCAAAAGAGAUUGCUGAGAGGAAAUUUCUGGAUAAGGACAUUGAGGCAGCGAAAAAAUUUGCUCUCAAGGCUCAGAAUCUAUAUCCUGGGCUUGAGGGAAUUUCUCAGUUGGUGAGGACAUUCGAGAUUUAUAUUUCUGCUGAGGAGAAAAUAAAUGGUGAAUAUAACUGGUACGCUGUACUCGGUGCUACUCCUUUAGCUGAUGACAAGACAGUAAGAAAACAAUAUAGAAAACUUGCUCUUCUGCUUCAUCCUGACAAGAACAAAUCUGUUGGGGCAGAAGGGGCAUUUAAACUUGUUUCACAAGCCUGGAGUUUGCUGUCUGAUAAGUCCAAGAGAUUAGAAUAUGACCAGAAGUAUGGUACCACAUUCCAGGAGAGGAAUCAGACUGCCAAUGGGUACACACCACCAACAAAGCAAAAUGGAUUUUACAGCUAUGCAAAAAAUGCAGCUUCACAAACGAAGGUUCCAAAGGGUAAUUCUAGUAAGAGGGAUGCCUCAUCUGGUCCAGCUCCAUCUCGUAAGAAGGGACGGCGUACAUUUUGGACUGUCUGCCAUCGAUGCAAGAUGCAGUAUGAAUAUCUCAGGAUGUAUCUUAACCAACAUCUGCUGUGCCCAAAUUGCCUUGAGGCCUACUUUGCAACAGAAAUUGAGCCACCAUCUGCAGGGUUUAAUAGCAGUAAUUCAUCCAAUCACAGUAACUUCCAACGGGCUCCUUUCUUUGAGUCAAAUGAUGCUGCAUCUACUGCUCAAGCUGCAAAUAUGGUUCAACGGGCUUAUGAGAAAGUGAGAAGAGAACGUCAGAAAAAGCAGGCUGCCACUAGAAGGGAGGAGGCUAAUCGAAGGAAAAAUCAUUCCUCUAAAAGAACAAAUGAUGGCAGAUCCUUUGGGCACUCUAAUGCUGUGAAGAGAAGAAAAGGAGUUGAAGAUUGUGGUAUAAACAAGGAUACAUUGAAGAAGUUGAAUUGCAAUGUUGACUUUAAACAGUUGCUGAUAGAGAAGGUUCAAAGUGAAAUACGUCAGAAGUUAAAUGACUGGACCUCCAUUAGUGCUCCCAAGACGACAUCAGCUAAUGAAGCUUCUGUAGAUAAUGUAGGAAAGGAAACAUCAUGUGAAAAAGAAAACAGUGUUACAAAUGGUACCAAAUUGGAACAGAACGAGCUAGUCAAGGCUAAUAGUCAAAUUCCUCUGAAUAAGCUCAAUUUAGGUGCUGAUAUGGAACCAAUUAAGCAAAUAUCAAUUCAUGUGCCAGAUUCAGAUUUUCAUGAUUUUGACAGUGACAGAAUGGCAAGGUGUUUCAGAGAUCGGCAGGUGUGGGCUGUGUAUGAUGAUGAUGAUGGGAUGCCACGGUAUUAUGUCAUGAUUCGUAAGGUGAUUUCUUUAAACCCUUUUGAGGUGCAAAUCAGUUGGCUUAAUUCAAAAGCCAAUAAGUGGUUUGAUUCUGGUUUUUCGAAAACGUGUGGGGUUUAUGGAAUAGGCAAACUUGGAAUUAGAAACUUUAUCGACUCAUUCUCACACAAGGUCAAAUGGACGAAAGUCACUGAUGGGACAAUCCAGAUACUUCCUCAGAAGGGGGAAGUUUGGGCUCUGUACAGGAAUUGGUCGGCCGAAUGGAAUGAACUCACAGAAGACGUAGUAAUACAUAAAUAUGACAUGGUGAAAGUACUUGAAGACUAUAAUGAGGAACUGGGCGUCGUUGUGAUUCCUCUAGUUAAAGUUGCUGGCUAUAAAGCAAUUUUCCAUCAGCUUCAGAGCCCAAGGGAAAUUAGAAGAAUCCCCAGGGAAGAAAUGUCUCGGUUUUCUCAUCAGGUACCGUCCCGGUUACUCACUGGUCAGGAAGGGACAAAUGCUCCCAAGGGUUGUUGGGAAUUGGACCCUGCAGCUACUCCUUUGGAACUUCUCCAGGUUAUAUCAGUAGCUAAAGAAACUGAGCCCUUGAAGAAUGAAGAGGAAUCUACUGAAACAGCGAUGUAACUGAUACUGAUGGAAACACCAAGGGAAAUUAAGUGUGGAAUAUUGUUGUGACCUGAAGGUAGAAAAUUAUUGGGAGCUGCGAAAGCAACUGAAGAAUUGAUAAGGAGUAGGAUACCAAGAAUCUAAGGGCAUGUUUGGUUAGGAGUAUUAGACAAAUUUGAACAGUAAAUGAACAAGUUUUUAAAUAAUUUUUCUUCCUUAAUACUUGUCCAGGACCAUCCAAUUGUUUUUGCCGAACAUGCCAUAAGAGUUUGAGAUAAUCUUCUUUGAGGUGGAGCACGAAGUCUUUGAUUUUCUGGGAAAUGCGAUGUUGAAAUGGACUGUCAUUCAAUAAGUUUGGAAGGACCAUUUGCAGCAAUGGUAUGAAUAUUUGGUUUGCGAUGUACAAUUUUUGUACUGAGUUCAUGUUGGAGCGGAUAGAUAUGGAUAGGAGGACUCUGUUUUUUUUUUUUUUUUUAAAUCCUAUAGAUAUCUUCUAUAUUUCUCU